CAGGGUUACCAGCCUGUUCAUGCAUUUAGCAGUGGUAUAUCUAAUCUGUGCAAGAGAACAUCCACAAUUUAAUUAGAAAAUACAGUAAUUUGGUUUUGACAGAUAUAGCAUGAGGUGAAAGACUAAGUGAAAGCGACUUAUAUGUAGGGCUGGUGUUUCUUCCAGGAUUUGACAAUAAGAUGCAACUGUGUAACUGUCUGCUUCUAUUUGACUACUGUCUCCUACACUACAUGAUGUGACUUACAAUGUAGGAUCUUAAUAUUAGCCAAUUUGCUACAGCAAGUUAAUUGUCCUGCAGUAACAAGAAAUGUGAAUUAUUAUGUGGAAUAUAAUUAAUGGAUAUGUUUGUAGGUGUUGAUACAUUUUUCAUUGGGGCAUAUUCAAUUCUGAAAUUUUGAAAGUGGAAAUUAAAACUUUAGAACCUUUUUUAAAGCUAAAAUACACUACAAGUUUGCAGCAACAAAAGAGUGAUCAAAUUAACAUACUACAUCUGUAAGGUCCAUGUGCUAAUGGAUAAUUCAUUUUUCUUAUUAUCUUGUCAAGGCUUGUGCUUGUCAAGGCCAAACAAGGAAAUUAAUAAUUGUAGUUGAAAACGGAAAUCGGAUAUCAGCUUAUUUUUUCGUUUAUGGUGUCCAAUUUCGGCAUCGAGUAACAGAAAACAAAUAACAACAUUUAUCCCAUUUUUCAUUUAAUUCAUAACUGGAAGUACACACCGCCUAAUAUAAUAUUAACAGUGCAUAGCAGGUAUUUGCUUAGUCUGGGUUGAGCUGCAGUGUCGGCAGCAGAGUGCUAUAGGGACAAACAAAAUCUGAAUACAAGCUUUGGGUGGAUAGGCAAUGGCGAGAGAGCUUGGGGUUGUUUGGGAGGGAGUUUAGCCCCUCAGUGGUUCUUCCUGCUAUUCUACCUUGGUUUCUCCCUCAGCCAGUGAUAGAUCUAAGGUUGCUUGAGAGGCUAAGAGUUGAGGAAGGAGUAGAUUCAGUUGUAAGUGAACAUUUAAGAACACAGUACAAUGCUUUUUUAGAUCCAUCCAGAUGGAUCUAAGGACCCUAAAACAGGCAUGACAGGUGCAGCUUUUGGUGUUCCUGAGUUUAAGGUGGCAGUGACAAAAAGAGCCACAGAUCAUUUAUCUGUUUACACAAUGGAGUUGUUGGCCAUACUAUUGGCUGCAGAGUAGGUGGAGGAGGUGAGGCCAGACAGAGUAGUCAUCUGCUCUGACUCCUGUGCAGCAUUGAUGAGCUUAAAUUAAUUUGUGUCUCAGAGCAGACAGGAUGUGUUGUAUGAGGUUUUGCAGUGUUUGUAUAGGGUGAAACAGGUCGUGGUAUUUGUGAUGUUCCUCUGGGUACCAGCUCAUGUGGGAGUAGAGGGGAAUGAGGAGGUGGAUGUUAUCACCAAGCAGGCUCUUAAACAUCCCAGUGUUGAGAUUGAAUUGUCAAUCAGUAAAGCAGAAGCCAAGGGGUUAAUAAGAACAGUGGUUAAAAACAAAUGGCAAAGAGUUGUGGAACCAGGGAGAGAAAGGGAAGUCACCUGAUCCAGGAAAAGUUGGUGGCAGGGAGGUCCUCAGGUCGAAGGGAGGAAAGUGUAGUCACAAGGCUAAAUAGUACAUUGACAUUUGUAGGGAAACAUUAGACUGGGGGGUGUGAUCAUUGUCAGGAGGAGAUGGAGACAGUUGAAAACAAGCAUGCCAAUAGGACGAACUCUACAACAACUGAACAUAGUUGCUUGCACCACCUGGAUAGCUAGCAUUAGCCGGCUAACGUUACUGCUGACUGGUAGCAAGCUAGCAGGCUGGCUAGCUAGCCCUAACUGGCUACUGGCUAUAGUCAUGUUAGCUAGUAGUAGCUAGUGGAAGUAAGUUAGUCCCUCGACCAGCUACAAGAUGAAGCUGCCCGGCCAGAGGUACCUGCUGCAGAAAGAACGUGCCUGCAAAAGGACAGUCCGCAUCUGAGCAGAUCAUCAACUUCAUCCAGUUACAUCAGCCAAUACAGUAAGUUUACAAUCGGGGUCUGCCCUGACAGUCCCGAAGAACGACGGAAAGGACUACAUCUUCACCACGGCAAACCGAUCCCUCUGUCCAGACCUUCAGUUCUGCUAUCGGUACAAGAAAUUCACGACCUACUUCCAUUGACUGUUCACUCGUCUAAAGUGUUGGGCAUUCAGCUGCCAACCUGAGGGAGUGACACCAAUAAGGCAGCAUGUGGAUCCUUAAGGGUUAACUCCUCCAGAGGACGAAAGUGUUAAAUCUCCCUGCGCCUGAAGGCUUACUAUGAUGCAUGGGUGACGGACAUUGUCCUUGGCCGCUGGGAAAUGUUCCAGCACUCACAUUUUCUGGCACAGGAUAGUAGCGUCAACCCAUCUGACAUUGAGCAGGUGUGUGGAGAAGCAGUAGAGGGUGAAGGGCACCACACCAGGCCAGGCCUACACUGCGGACAUGCAUUUGUUCAGUAGGGCACACGGGAGCUCCAUGCAGACACCAGGCUGCUGUGGUCCAGAUAUAUGAAUGCCUGUCCAGCAACUUCCUCCUGACAACAUUGGAGAUGAGGGAUGAGUUGCUGAAGACAACAGGAGGGUUUGACUAUAAGACGUGUAACGUGCUGGUGGCCCUAGAGCCCCAGGCAGAAGAGAUAUCAGUAUGUGUGUUUGAAGGCAAGGAUCAGGAUGACAUCGGAGCAGGAGACCAGGGCCUGAUGUUUGGCUAUGCUACAGAUGAGACAGAGGAAUGUAUGCCUCUCACCAUCUUACUGGCCCACAAACUCAACCACAAGAUGAAGGAGCUGUCUGCCAACGGCGAGUGUCCUUGGAUCAGACCGGACUCUAAAACUCAGGUUACAGUGGAGUACCGUGAUAACAGUGGGGCCAUGGAGCCGGUGCGUGUCCAUACAGUGGUCAUCUCUGUGCAGCAUAGCCCUGAUGUCAGUCUGGAAGAGAUACGCCGUAGCCUGAUGGACAGCGUGGUCCGGAAGGUCAUCCCCGCCCGUUACCUCGACGACAAGACCAUCUACCACCUGCUGCCAAGUGGGAAGUUCCUUCUGGGCGGACCUCAGAGUGAUGCAGGACUGACAGGUCGUAAGAUCAUAGUGGACACGUAUGGAGGGUGGGGAGGGCAUGGUGGAGGGGCCUUCUCUGGAAAGGACUACUCUAAAGUGGACCGCUCUGGGGCCUAUGCAGCCCGCUGGGUGGCCAAGUCUCUGGUGAAAGCCAAGCUCUGCCGGAGAGCCUUGGUUCAGGUUUCGUAUGCCAUCGGUGUGGCUCACCCUCUGUCCAUCUCUGUGUUCCACUAUGGAACGUCCACCAGGCAGGAGGAUGAACUGCUGCAGAUCGUCAACAACAACUUUGACCUCAGGCCUGGGGUAAUUGUCAAAGAGCUGGGUCUGAAGCGGCCUAUCUACCAGUCCACUGCCUGCUAUGGACACUUCGGCCGGGACGAGUUCCCCUGGGAGAAGCCCAAGCCACUGCAGUUCUGAUGGAAACAACCACUCUUAUCACCUGGCUGUUUCUUGUAAAUCUGACUGCCAAAUAACACUAUCAGAUAAAAAGUAUAGAUUCUUUCUCUUUAUGAUUCAACAUGUAAUUGUAAACUGUGAAUCAUGGGCCAAAUUCUAUCUUUUAUCCUACUGAAAUUAUAAAUUGACAUUUCAGCAACACUGUGA